AUGCCAUGGCAUUGGAUGACUUAUUACCAGUCUGGUUAUUGCAUGCCUCAAGAUGAAUGCAGUUCUCCAGCGCUACUUGCAUCAACAGGCAACACCACUGUGAAUGGUACAAACAGUCCUCCUCCGGCCACGAAUCUCGCUCCCAGGCCCUCGGUUAUUCGUUAUGUUCAUCGUAAGCAGCGGCCUGUGCAAAAACGCAAUAAUCAAGUUAAACCCCAGUGCCCUAUAUGUAAUAGCACGUUCUCCAAGCCAGGAUCAUUGAAGGUUCAUAUGCGAACUCACACUGGCGAGAAGCCAUUCCAGUGCUUGUACUGCUCCAAGGCCUUCAAUCAAUCCGGGAGCCUUAUCAGUCACGUGCGCAUUCACACGGGUGAAAGGCCAUAUAAAUGCCCUUUCUGCGAGAAACGGUUUACCCAGUCUUCCUCCCAGAAGAAUCACCUCAAGACACAUUUAAGAAAAACUUUGAACAUGGCUGAAGCCCUCGGGGAAGCAAGAUUUCGCUAUGUCACGGGAUAA